UUUGUCAGUUGGACUGUCAUUUGUAACAUUUCUAUGAACAUGAAAUGGAAAUUAAAAUUUUAAUUUUCAUAUUUGAUUAAUUAUAUUUUUGUAAUUAGCUAAUUUUAUUUAUUUAUUAAAUUUUUACAUAAUUUGUUUCAAUUUCCAUUACACUAUUUUCUAUUCUCUAAUACUCGUACGACGCACGCGCAGAACUCCCAUCGCCCAAAAUCUCCCAGCGCCAUAUUGAGAGAGGCGGACGUUGUAUGACUCGAGUGAUUAAAAUCGUGGUUAGUGCAAUAAAUUGAAGUGGAAAACUUGAUCGUGCCCUAUGGAUAUAUAUUUGGGAGUGGUGUGCCUCGGUUGAAAGGCCUGCCGAAAGGACAGGGCUCCCCGCGCGAGGACGGUCCGCGGCCCUCCGCUCUGAGGAAACAUGGACUGCUGCAUAUCAGAAGAAGCCAAAGAACAAAAAAGAAUCAACCAGGAGAUAGAGCGGCAACUCCGAAAGGACAAACGCGAUGCCAGAAGAGAACUCAAACUGCUGUUGCUUGGCACUGGCGAGUCAGGCAAGUCAACAUUCAUCAAGCAGAUGAGAAUUAUCCACGGGUCAGGCUACAGCGACGAUGACAAACGCGGUUUCAUCAAGCUCGUCUAUCAGAACAUCUUCAUGGCUAUGCAGAGUAUGAUACGCGCUAUGGAUCUACUCAAAAUACAAUACGGAAAUCCGUCCAAUGUAGAAAAGGCGGAGUUGAUAUCAUCAAUCGACUUUGAAAGCGUUACAACGUUUGAGAGUCCUUAUGUUGAGGCUAUAAAGGCCCUUUGGGCUGAUUCGGGAAUCCAAGAGUGCUACGAUCGCAGGCGAGAAUACCAACUGACUGACUCAGCCAAAUACUACUUGCAGGAAAUUGACCGCGUCGCGGCACCAAAUUACUUACCUACCGAACAAGACAUUCUACGCGUGAGAGUACCCACAACGGGAAUCAUUGAGUACCCAUUUGACUUGGAAGAGAUUCGAUUUAGCUAUUUAAGCGAUCUCGAAAGGAUCGAGAGCGCCGACUAUCUGCCAACAGAACAGGAUAUCCUGCGCGCUCGCCAGCCAACAACUGGUAUACUUGAGUAUCCAUUCGAUCUUGAUGGAAUCAUAUUUAGGAUGGUGGACGUCGGGGGCCAAAGAUCCGAGAGAAGGAAGUGGAUUCAUUGUUUUGAAAAUGUCACGUCUAUCAUAUUCUUAGUAGCUCUUAGUGAAUAUGAUCAAAUUUUAUUCGAAUCCGAGAAUGAGAACCGAAUGGAAGAAUCGAAGGCGCUAUUCAAAACUAUUAUCACUUACCCAUGGUUCCAGCACUCGUCAGUAAUCUUGUUCCUGAACAAAAAGGAUUUGCUCGAGGAGAAGAUCAUGUAUUCACAUCUGGUCGACUAUUUUCCCGAAUACGACGGUCCACAACGCGACGCCAGCACCGCGCGCGAGUUUAUCCUACGGAUGUUUGUCGAUCUCAAUCCAGACGCUGAGAAAAUUAUCUACUCGCACUUCACUUGUGCGACAGAUACUGAAAACAUCCGGUUUGUGUUCGCCGCAGUCAAAGACACAAUCUUGCAGUCCAACCUGAAGGAGUACAACCUCGUGUAAGCGAUGCUGACGUGUUCGCUGACACAAAUCUGUGAUUGUGUAUAACAUAAUGUAAUUCGAACAUCAUCACUUCACAACAAAGUGUAAAUUCAAGAACUGAGAUCGGAUGGACAAACCUAUUCGUCUUAAAAUGAUUUAUGAGAAAGUAAGGUUAGAUUGUAAGUCAUUUAACCCGAAACCGACUCGAAUAGGGUGCGGUAUACCGCUGCACUCCGUCGGACAACAUUCGUUCUCGAUCCGAACGGAUCGCUUCACGACACGUCAGGUUUUUUGACAUGUUUUUUUAUGAAGAAGUUAUUCACAACUUAUGUAUGUGUCUGUAUCGGUGAAUAUUAAAUUGUGCAUUUUAAAAGUUGUGGUGAGUCCUUGGCCUUACCAUGAGCUGCUUUUAGUCAUUGUUUUAGGAUUUUGUAAAGUUUGUUGCCAUAAUAUCUUUCUACAUUUAGUAUACAUUUAUGUCCAGACGGAUGGAUUUGAACAAACUAGUCCAAUGAACUUACGCGUGUUUCACGUCAUCCUUGUGGGUCGAAAUGGGACUUUCAGUUUAAUCAAUCGGGAUGCUUCCGUGUUAACUAUUACGUAUUUAUUUAAAUUAUGAGAUGUUUGGUGGCAGUUGCGUUCGGUCCUUAAAGUAAAGAUGCACUGAAGAGAUGGCUAAGGUAUUUCACGGGUACUACUUCGGUUCGGGGCCAAUAUAUACGUCCGUAGUAUAUAAAAAUAUCUAGAUCUGUCAACCACAGUAUUUGUGUUUGAAGCAUCGAGAACGCAUUUUGUAUGCUUGGAGUCUAUCAUUUAAGUAGUUAAAUAUUUUUGUCAAUGAUUUAUUGUUCAUGUAAACAAAUGGUACUGGCAAAAUAAAUAAAAAAUGUACUUCUACCUAAUAGAUCAACAAGAAACUUUAGAAUUAUGGUAUUUUUAGUUAGAAAACAAUAUCUGUAGCUACAUUUACAUAUUCCCCAUACUAUAAAAAAUUUAGCACUGCCUUGUCCGAACCUCGGCCAUCUCUUCAUUGUUCGAAUUCAACACUAACGUUUGUUCUAUUAGCUUGAAAGAUUUAUUGUAUUUUAAUAAUAUUGCGUUACUUUUGUACAUUGGAAUUUUGUUACUUGAUAUGUGUUAUAUGUUAUUAUUUAAGCUGUUUAUAUUUAACUAUGGCGUUUUUCUAAACGAAUUGACUUCACGCAAAAUGUUUUUACGUUUAACUGUAGGCUUUAUGUACGCAGUUGUCUGGUGUAUUUCGUUUCUUCCUAACGUUAUCCGUGUACGAGAAUUUCAUUCAGCAGUAUAUCCAGCAAAGUUUACUGUGUUAGUUGUGUAAGGACAUUUUUGAUGCAUUUGAUAUAAACUUUUUUUACUAGAAACCCAAGGGAUUCAAUAAUGCGGAAUGUUGAUUGUAAAAACCGAUACCGAAGUUUUUUGCACAAAAGCUUUUACCACUGGAAUGUAAUAUAUUGUACAUUUGGGUCUAAAUGUGCUGAGUGAAUUGAGCCGACAGCUCAAUGCCAAGUUUUGCUAUUGGCAUAAAUUAUUGCACAAAUAUACACGUCCCUCAAUAUUUUAGAGAUUUUUUAUUAUGCUAUGCUUAAUUUAGUGUGUUGCUUCGUGUUAUUAUUUAAUUAUUUUAUGUAUAGUAAGAAACAAAGUUUCUAUUAUAAAGAGAUAACUUAUUAUUGUAUUAACUUAUUUGUUGUUGUGACUUGAUUUUUCUAUUUACCGUUUAAGCGUUACAAUUUCGAGAAUUAAGCAUACCAUAACAGUCGACACUGUCAAUAGCAAAACUAUUUGCUUUAAAUUAAGAUACAGCUGUCUCAAAUGCUCAAAAUAUGGUGAAUUUGAAACUUAGCGCACAAUAUUGGAAUAUUUCUAUUGAUGUUACCCAUUAAAGUGCAAUCUGUGUAUGCCCUGUACAUAGAACUGUAUUUCAUUUGUGCAAUUGUACAGCAAUAUUGAUUGAUUUGGAGCCCGGCGUGCGCACUUCCGUUCGACAGCGGCGCGCUGCGACUCGGCGGCCGAUCGUAUCGCAUAGCGUUUAGAGACACCUACAAGGGAUAAUAUCUCUUGUUUGCCAAAGCGAAUAUGUUAAAUGCCUUCAUAACUAAUAGUAAUGUACAGACUGAUCUUAUAGUUUUCUUUUCCAUAUUUUAAAGGGUGUAAGUAAGGGGAACCACUCGUUAGCACCGCUAUGUGGACUGUACGUGUACCGUAUAGACGCGGUCGUUCGCCGGUCGACGCACGCGUACGCCGUGGAUUCGUAACUUCCAUACGAAUGGACUGAAUUUUCGUGUAACUGGGUGUGAUUCUUACCUGAUUUUUUUACGGUGGGCGAUGACUACAUAAAAUAUUGCUAAAACUAUAUUAUAGUCUAACGUUGCUUUACCUUUUGCGUGAGAUUGUGAGAAUUUUAGCUUAAGUUUCGACUGAAGAUGGAUGCCUGUAUGUAAUAUUGUAAAUUAUAAUUUCUCAUAAAAUAUAAUUUUUUUCAGC